AUGAUGUCCUGGAAAUCAUUGUCCCAAAGCAUACUAAAGUCACAUAUUACUAGCGUCAGCAAAAGAAGCUGUCGUUCUAUUCACACGGUGCCAACUUUGGCAAAUGAUUCAUUGUGGACCAACAAGGGGAUCCCACAAUUAUUGACUUCUCAAGGUUACAAAUUGGCAUGGAAUGAUUACCAAAGUUAUUGUGCCACUCAACUUAGUCUUCUUACAGUGGGGACUGAUCUUGAACACCAAACCCCAUUUCAAAUCAUGUUGACCACCCAAGGUCUUGCUCACCAAGCCUCGAUUUUCCACUAUGCUUCACAAUUGCACAACAACCACUUCUUCUUUAGUGCCCUUGUGAAUGAUCCAAACACCAAUACCAGUGUCCCAAACCGUGAGCUAGUAAGAAAGAUUGAAUCAACAUUCCAGAGCUUUGAACAAUUUAAGAAAGAAUUUUUAGCCAAAGCCGAAUCAUUGAAUGGUAACGGCUGGGUUUAUUUGAUUGAAAAUGCUGACAAAGGGUUGGAAAUCAGAGUUUUUAAUAAUGAAGGCUCACCAUAUUUCUACAACCGUAACCAAGAUGUGAAUUUGAGUUCACCAAUCAACUUGGCUGAAUAUGAAAAGUUGCAGAAAUACCAAUCUAAUUUGAAUUCAAAAGUUAAAGACUGGUCAUUGCCAUUAUUGGGUGUCAGUGUAUGGGAUUACACCUACGUGUACGAUUAUGGGGCUGAUAAGAAGAAGGAAUAUUUGGAAAAUGUUUGGAAAGCCAUUAAUUGGGAUGUUGUCAAUAAGAGAGUUUUCGUUUUGAAUUAA